AUGACAUUGGCAAGGCAGCUAUGCAAGCAGCAGCUACACCUGCACGCAGACCAGAAAAGAUCCCAGUUGGGAGAGAGAUUCGAGAGAAGUUAUCUGGGGCUGUUGAAGGAUUCUCCCAUAGGAACCGUCCAAGUUCUACUCCUCAUCAUCAUCACGGUGAACAUGUCAGACAUAGGACUUAUGACGAGGCAGCAAUGUAUAAGGAGAUGCACUAUGCCCAACACAAUUCAACUCGAUACGGAAGCAAUUCGAGAAGAGCAAUGGUAUCAUCAUCAAACAUGACGAAUUCCUCGGGUGACCAUACUGGCAGGAUGGCCACAAAUGGUGGGGGUCGUCCAUCUGCCGCACAUAGAGUUCGUCAACCUGUUUACGAGUCCAAACAAGCAGCUUUUGCGCGCAACGGAUCUUUGAGAGGUCACCGUGAUGAUCCUCUGAGGAACUUUGAACUCCUCGCCAUCAGGAAGUAAUCUCAAGAGUCUCAUUUUGUUGUCAUUUCUAAAUUUCACCUGAGAUUUCAAGAAGCCUUAUGAAUGAGGUCAUGGAUAAUACUGAAUUACCUCUGAGGUCACAAUGGCAUGACCUCUUGAUAUCAUUUCUGGAUCCCCCCAGAUUGCUUCAGAAGAUUUCUCAGCAACUGUGUAGUGUGUUCUUAUAACACGUUGAAGAUGUAAUUCAAAGAAAAGAUUCUAUUAUAAAUAAGUAUUGUACUGGAUGAAA